AUGGAUGACAUGUAUCAAUAUGCCUCGGCUGCUGUCAAUAGCAACACGCCAAACAACACCAAUCAACAACAAGGCACCGAAGAUAACGACAUUGUACUUCAAGCAUUCAACAACUUUGGAUGGGGUCAACGAUUCAAUAGUCUAUUGGACACUGUCAAAAAACAAAGUGAAGCACUUGUAGAAACCACUCGACGCGACUUUGAAGAGAUAGCCCAAGUACUUCGCGAAGAUGGCAAUAAUGAGGAUACGUCCAAUCGUGAUAUGAGUACUUCCACUUCUUCAACCACCACUGCCGGCACAUCUUCAACCACCACUGAAGUCCCCAGCAACAACAAUGAUACAAUGAGUUUUGCCGCUCUUCGUGAACGAAUCAGUGCCUUGGACCUGAACAGCUUAUUACCUACACAACGAUUGCCUGAGAAUAUGGAUUUGACUCAAUUGCGAUCCGAGGUUAUCCAAGGUACUCGGCAUGCUGAACAAUACCUACAAAAGUUUGGAUCAGAGGUGAUGGAUGUCGUUACCAAAGCCAUCACUGUGCUUGAACCAGAGGAGGAGGAUACUACUACCAAUGAGCGAUCUGGUGGUGAAGGCAGCAAUCCAAAGAUCUAUGCCACACGAAAAGAAGCAUUGUUGGCCAAGAUGCGUGUUGAUCCAGAGACAUAUAUGCAGGAACCUGAGGAUACCAAAGUGCACCAAACCUUUAUUGCCGGUUUCAAUAUUGAAGAGUACACGGAUGAGAUUGCUAGUUUAUUGAAGCAGCACACUGAUUUGGAUACUAUGAUGCAUGAAUUAGUACCUGUAAAGGUUGAUUACACUACAUUCUGGAAGCGUUACUUUUAUCGUGCAUGGUGCAUUGAACAAGAUGAACAAAAGCGACAAAUGAUUGUGAAGGGUGUUCACGAACAAGAAGAUGAUGAGGCUGACUUUAAGUGGGAUUCGGAUGAUGAGGAUGACGACCAUAGCAAAACACCAACCAAGGAUGGCCAACAACAAGAGCAUGAUGAUAAGAACAAGGGCAAGCAAUCGAGUGACAGCAAAGGAGGUUCUGAUACGGAUUUCAGCAACAUCUCAGAGCCUGUUUCCACAGAGCCAAGCUUGGUAUCUCCUCCGCUCAAAUCUCAAACGGAUGGUGACGAUUGGGUUAAAGCCGAUCACAAGAAGAAGGCUGACAAUGAGGACGACGAUAGCGACAGCGAUUGGGAGUAG